GAUGUGAGAUUGUCUGGACAACAGUAUCUACUUUAAUGUAAGAUUUUCAAUUUUAUUCAAUGCAAUUACUUGAGGAAACUUGGUUAAGUUUUUUGUUUUUUCUUUUAUAGAGUCUCAUCCUCAAAAUAAUGACAUUCAUUUUUGGCUUUUGAUUUACCAUCGAGAUCUACAAUUUAUCUAAAAGUUUUCACACACAGGAUUCAGAUUGUUUAAAAACAAGGAUGAGGGCACAUGUUGACGCUGUAUUAUAUUUAUGUACACAUCUGUGUUUCUUGAGUUGCGUUUUGCACACAGUCUACACCCAGCAGCACCAUGCGACACGACCAGGGAAUCCUCAACAAGCAGGUGGUUUAAGGCAGAGAAUUCAAUGGGAGCACAAUGGGCAGGUAUUUAGUUUACUGAGCCACGGAUCCGAAUUCCAGCCACCGAGGCAAAGGGGCACAAAUCCAGCUCAAUCAAGACCCAUCGUCAUCACUAGUAACAAUAAUGAAACGGCGGAGGAACCAGCUGUAAAUCCUAGUGGUGCGCAAAGACAACAUCAAACUUCAAGAGCUUCCUCAAGGCGACCAGGUGCAAGAACGCAUGCGGGCGGGUGGCAGCCGCCGCGAUCUGGAGUUAACAGACCCCAGGACCGACGGGACAGUCGAGAUCCUGAGGCACGAACAGAAACAGCCUCUAAUGCCGCUAACAACCACUCUGCAUCGAAUUCUCCUCCACUCAGUAACUUGAGACCAGAGGAUCCCAUGGUCGGCGACGAUCCUUACAAUCCAUACAAGUCCGUAGAUGAUAACAAUCCGUAUUAUAAUUAUUAUGACACAUACGAGAGACCUAGACAGCGGGGCAGGCAAAGACCAGGGUAUGGAACGAGAUACUUUCAACAUGGUCUACCCGAUUUGGUACCAGAUCCGUACUAUGUACAAGCUUCAACGUAUGUCCAGAGGGUACCUAUGUAUAACCUAAGAUGUGCUGCCGAGGAAAACUGCUUGGCGAGCACAGCCUACAGAUCUGAGAUCAGAGACUACGACACGCGCAUGCUGCUGAGGUUUCCACAGCGCGUGAAGAACCAGGGCACGGCAGACUUCCUACCGAGCAGGCCACGCUAUGCGUGGGAAUGGCACAGCUGUCACCAGCACUACCACAGCAUGGAUGAGUUCAGCCACUAUGACCUGCUGGAGGCCAGCUCACAGAGGCGAGUUGCUGAGGGCCAUAAGGCAAGCUUCUGCUUGGAGGACACCUCCUGCGACUAUGGGCAUUACCGGCGCUUCGCCUGCACUUCACACACUCAGGGAUUGAGCCCAGGGUGCUAUGACACCUAUAAUGCAGACAUUGACUGCCAGUGGAUUGAUAUUACUGAUGUGGCACCUGGAAACUACAUCCUCAAGAUCAGCGUGAAUCCCAACUACCAAGUUCCGGAGUCAGACUUCACCAAUAAUGUUGUGCGCUGCGACAUUCGCUACACUGGCCACUAUGCCUACACGUCAGGGUGUCGACUUUCAGCAUAUUAAGAAACUUCAGGUACCUUGACUAAAGGAUGGGAAAGCCAUGUAUUAUCAAAGCCAAGACAAGACUCAACAGAAGGACUGCUUUGUAUCAUGUCAUUAUAAAAUACUGAAUCAAUAACCUUUUUGAAAUCAUAGUGAAAAAGCUUUAAAGAAAAUGGGACUUAAAUUCCUAGUAAGAGGUUCACUGACCAUAUUUAUUACUUUUAUAAUCACACUUUA